AACUGCCGCCGCCUCCUUCGACUCAGCUGGGCGCCGGGAGCUGCACCCAUGGCGGUCACCGCUGAGGGCGCCCGCAGGAAGGAGCGCGUCCUCUGCCUGUUUGACGUGGACGGCACCCUCACGCCCGCUCGCCAGAAAAUCGACCCUGAGGUGGCUGCCUUCCUGCAGAAGCUGCGAAGAAGGGUGCAGAUCGGUGUGGUGGGCGGCUCUGACUACUCUAAGAUUGCUGAGCAGCUGGGAGAGGGGGAUGAAGUCAUUGAGAAGUUUGAUUAUGUGUUUGCUGAGAAUGGGACGGUGCAGUAUAAGCAUGGACGACUGCUCUCCAAGCAGACAAUCCAGAACCACCUGGGGGAGGAACUCCUGCAGGACUUGAUCAACUUCUGCCUCCGCUACAUGGCCCUGCUCAGACUGCCCAAGAAGCGUGGAACCUUCAUCGAGUUCCGGAACGGCAUGCUGAACAUCUCGCCCAUUGGCCGGAGCUGCACCCUGGAGGAGCGAAUCGAGUUCUCCGAACUGGACAAGAAGGAGAAGAUCCGGGAGAAGUUUGUGGAAGCCCUGAAAACAGAGUUUGCCGGCAAAGGACUGAGGUUCUCCCGAGGAGGCAUGAUCAGUUUUGACGUCUUCCCUGAGGGCUGGGACAAGCGCUACUGCCUGGACAGCCUGGACCAGGACUGCUUCGACACCAUCCACUUCUUUGGGAAUGAGACCAGCCCCGGUGGGAACGACUUUGAGAUCUACACAGACCCCCGGACUGUUGGCCACAGUGUGGUGUCCCCGCAGGACACGGUGCAGCGAUGCCGUGAGAUCUUUUUCCCAGAGACAGCCCAUGAGGCGUGACCAGGGCCCACACCUGCCCCUUGGGACUUCCAGAGAGCUCUGCCCAGGCCUAAGACAGCCCCUGGCCCUGGUGUUGGGGGGCGCCAGGGCCCCUCCUCUGGCCCAGGACACCUGCCUCAUGUUACCUGCCAAAGGCCCACCUCAGUGGGCCCAGGGCCUAUGUGGACAGCCACCCCCAGCUGGUCAGCUCUUGGUGGGCCUGACUCCCGUCCUCCAGCCCGAUGGCCCUGGCUGCAGCUGCUGCUCAUACUUCUGGACAGAACAGGUUUCUGUCUAUGCGGGAAGCGUGUGCGAGUGUUGGUACGAGAUAGAGCCCGCGCUGCUUCCCUGCCCUAGAUGGGGCACGGAGCAGUGGGGAAGGUGCAUACUUGUGAGAACUUUGUCUCACAGAUACUAAACUUCGUGGAA